AUGGGUUCUAUUGAUUGCAUGCAUUGGCGAUGGAAAAAUUGUCCACUACAAUUUAAAGGACUCUAUUCGGGAAGAGCUGGUAAGCCAACUUUAGUUCUCGAAGCUAUUGCGUCAUAUGAUUUGUGGAUCUGGCAUGCUUUCUUUGGAACACCAGGUAGGUGCAAUGAUAUAAAUGUUCUUGAUAGAUCUCCAAUAUUUAACGAUGUAUUUGAAGGUCGUGCACCUCCAGUAAACUAUGUUAUCAACGGCCACCAGUACGACAUGGGUUAUUACCUAACAGAUGGUAUAUAUCCUCAAUGGGCCGCGUUUAUUCCCACAAUAUCUCUUCCAUUGAAUGAGAAGGAAAGCCUUUUUGCCCAAAAGCAAGAGAGCAAACGAAAGGAUGUGGAGCGUGCAUUUGGAGUAUUACAAGCUCGUUUUGCAAUAAUUCGUCAACCAGCAUUAGCUCGUGAUAAAUAUAUGCUAGGAAAAAUAAUGUUUGCUUGCAUUAUAAUACAUAACAUGAUAACUGAAGAUGAACGAGAUUCGUACUCCCUUCGUUUUGAUCCACAUGAUUAUGACCAAGAUUUUCGCCCAUCCUCAAGCCGACGACAAAACGCCGAUGAACCUUUUAUAUAUCAUAAUAGUGAUAAUCGCAUCGGAAAUUUGCAGACAUUCAUGAACAAUAGGGAUCGCGUCCGUGAUCAAGCUAUGCAUAGACGACUCAAAUUGGAUCUCGUAGAAAAUAUUUGGCUUAAAUUCGGGCUAAACAACGAGCAAACUAGUUAAGGUGUUGUGUUAUUUAUAUUUUUUAAAUAUGGUGUAUCAAUCUUUAUUUAAGAAAAGUCGGUAAUGUCUAGUAAAACAUCUAUGUAUUAAUGUUUGAUUAAAUGAAAUAAUUUUCUUGUA